AUGACCGCCUCCUCCUCCUCUCCAUCACGACCGUCCGUUCCGGCAGUAGCGGCCAAGUCUGCGUCCACCGCGCAGUUCUCGCAGUUGAACGUCGAAGCCGACAAAAAGGCCACCACCACCACCUCCUCCUCCAAACCUCGUCCGUCCUCGCAAUCGAACGUCGCAGCUGAUGGCAAGAUCGCCUCCGGCCCUCGUUCAUCGUCACGUGUCGCUCCUAAUGUGAGGUCUCGGCAAGAUGCCGCAGCCCUGGAUCCCACCUCUGAGAGAGCGACUCUCACCCUGAUCAGAAGGACGUUGGUGGCCGAUGGGAGCCAUGGCACAGAUUUGAAAGCCUCUCAGACAACAACUGAAGGGGUCUUGCCUCCGCUUACCAGUUCAAACGAGGUGGACGUGCAACUGUACGCCAUCGUCGCCAUCGUGGUCAAGGACUUUGUCAAUGCCUGGUAUACCAGGAUCACUCCAGACCGCGCAUUUGUGGAUGAAGUCAUCCAGCUGAUUGCACACUGCACACGAGCUCUGGAGCAGAGACUACGCCUGAUAGACAUAACGGAACUGAUGUUGGACGAGUUGCCUGUCUUGAUCGAAAGGCAUGUUGCCGCAUACCGCACGGCCACGACCGCCCAGGCCGCUUUACAGUACGGAGAGAGCACCCGUCGAAUCUAUCACGCCUUGAACCCACAUCCGGCUCUCGAUCCCACUCUGCCGCCUGAACAACAGCGGAGCUACGAGUCUGCCUAUCGACAACUACUCAUUCAAGGGGCCCUUGCCGUCCUCCUCCCGACCGAAGACCUGGCCAACACUUGUCUCAGAACACUGGUCAGCGACAUCAUCGCCGACCUCAUUCUCGGCCAGGUACUGGCGGAGAAAGUCUGCCAGCCGUGGUUCUUGCACGGCAUUGUCUCAAAGGUGGUGGAAAUAGUGACCGCGCGUCCCACGGUUGCAUCUUCCAUCGGUACUAGCCAGACCCUUCAUCAAAAUGGACGCCAAAGCCGACUCGAACAGUUUGGCCUAUUAUCUUCAGACACGGCGGAUCGAGAGCAUAAUUCGCCCACUCGUCACCAAUCAUGGCUUAGUGUGUGGUUUUGGAGUCUCCUUCAGUGUGCGUUCAUCGCGUAUCAAUUUCUACGAUUCCUCUUCAUCGGCAUGGCUUACGCCCACCGGCUGCCCCAAAGAAUCCGCCAUCAUGAGAGCCAUCGAGUGGACGGCUCCACUCCCUCGCCGUCCACAGAAAAAUCCCCCGUCGCAUCCAAACGUCGUCCAGUCGGUGCCGACCGGUAUGCCCCUCGUGCGGUGAUCAGCUACGGGAUGUUCGGGUGCAUCUCGACCCUGCUCGAUUUGUCAAUCCGCAUGCCGUGGCUGGAAAGCUCUCUGAGCUUUUGCCAAUACUUUCUGAGCGCGGGACCGGGUCACCUCGGCGUGCCAAACUCAACGCUAGACAAGUAA